AUGAUACUGGACCUCGGCCUUCUUCUCGGCUGGUUCGCUGCAGUGAGUUUCUACACGAACAUAGAGCGUUCGCACGCAGCUACGUUUGUGCUAGACAGGAUGGUUGCUGAGGUAACUCAGGAUGCGAGAGGUAUUCCUGUUAACUGUGAUUUUGAGUACCCCGACGUCUUUUCUGCACACCAGCACGUCGAGGAACGGCAACUGGCAAUUUUUUUCUUCCUCGAUCGUGAACUGGAUGUCGGGGAAGAUCGAGUUCAGAUUCGCUGUGAAAUCCCCAAUGUCGUCUCGACGAAUGAUGACAAACGUGUCAUCAACAUACCAAACCCACAAUCUUGGUCGAUAAUGUUCGAAAGCCAGUGCCUCCAGUCGUUGGCGCGGCUUUCGAAUUUAAGCCACCCAUUUUUUUGCUCUCCAUUCACGUGGGAAUUUAUUAUCCUAUACCAUCAGCUCUAA